GGGGCGGGGCUUGGGCGCGGGGCGGGCAGCGGCGACCAGCAGGAGAAAGAACAUGGCGGGCGCGGCGGGGCUCGGGACCGGCCCGGGGGCCGCGGGCGGAGAUGGAGACGACUCGCUAUACCCCAUCGCGGUUUUAAUCGACGAGCUCCGCAAUGAAGAUGUGCAGCUCCGCCUCAACAGUAUUAAGAAGUUAUCAACAAUUGCUUUAGCACUUGGAGUAGAAAGAACCCGAACUGAACUGCUGCCAUUCCUUACAGAUACAAUUUAUGAUGAAGAUGAGGUGCUUUUAGCUCUUGCAGAACAGCUGGGAAAUUUCACUGGCCUGGUGGGAGGUCCUGACUUUGCCCACUGUCUGCUGCCUCCUUUGGAAAGUCUGGCGACUGUGGAAGAGACUGUUGUUCGAGACAAGGCUGUGGAGUCCCUGAGGCAGAUCUCCCAGGAGCACACUCCUGUAGCUUUGGAAGCUCAUUUUGUACCUCUGGUGAAACGCCUAGCAAGUGGCGAUUGGUUCACUUCUCGCACAUCAGCUUGUGGUUUGUUCAGCGUUUGCUAUCCCAGAGCUUCAAAUGCUGUCAAGGCAGAAAUUAGACAGCACUUCCAUUCUUUGUGCUCAGAUGACACACCAAUGGUACGACGCGCUGCUGCUUCCAAAUUGGGUGAAUUUGCGAAAGUUUUGGAAUUAGACAGUGUGAAAACUGAAAUUGUUCCAUUGUUCACUAAUCUAGCUUCAGAUGAACAGGAUUCAGUACGUCUCCUAGCUGUGGAAGCUUGUGUCAGUAUUGCCCAGUUACUAUCUCAGGAUGACCUUGAGGCCUUGGUAAUGCCUACCCUUCGGCAAGCAGCAGAAGAUAAAUCUUGGCGAGUUCGCUAUAUGGUAGCUGACAAAUUUUCAGAGCUCCAGAAAGCUGUGGGUCCUAGAAUCACCCUAAAUGACCUCAUUCCCGCCUUUCAGAACCUACUUAAAGAUUGUGAAGCUGAAGUUCGAGCAGCCGCUGCCCACAAAGUAAAAGAACUUUGUGAGAACUUGCCCAUUGAAGGUAGAGAGACCAUAAUUAUGACUCAUAUUCUGCCCUACAUAAAGGAAUUAGUAUCUGAUACCAAUCAACAUGUCAAAUCAGCUCUAGCUUCUGUAAUUAUGGGACUAUCUACCAUUUUGGGCAAAGAGAAUACCAUUGAACAUCUUCUACCUCUUUUUUUAGCUCAGUUAAAGGAUGAGUGUCCUGAAGUUCGUUUGAAUAUCAUCUCCAAUUUGGAUUGUGUAAAUGAAGUGAUUGGAAUCCGUCAGCUCUCUCAGUCUCUCCUUCCUGCCAUAGUGGAACUGGCUGAAGAUGCCAAAUGGAGGGUCCGGCUUGCCAUCAUUGAGUAUAUGCCACUGCUGGCGGGCCAGCUGGGUGUGGAAUUUUUCGAUGAAAAGCUGAAUUCUUUAUGUAUGGCCUGGCUUGUGGAUCAUGUUUAUGCCAUCCGAGAAGCUGCCACCAACAAUCUUAUGAAGCUAGUCCAGAAGUUUGGUACAGAGUGGGCCCAAAAUACCAUUGUUCCUAAAGUGUUAGUAAUGGCGAAUGAUCCCAAUUAUUUGCACAGGAUGACCACUUUAUUUUGCAUUAAUGCACUGUCUGAAGCCUGUGGUCAGGAAAUAACCACUAAGCAGAUGCUGCCCAUCGUAUUAAAAAUGGCAGGAGACCAAGUAGCAAAUGUGCGUUUCAAUGUGGCCAAAUCUCUCCAAAAAAUUGGACCAAUUUUAGAUACCAAUGCUUUGCAGGGGGAAGUUAAGCCAGUAUUACAGAAGUUAGGUCAGGAUGAAGACAUGGAUGUCAAAUAUUUUGCACAGGAAGCUAUAAGUGUGGUGGCACAAAGGCUAAGGAAGCUAGAUUUUCCUGUGAAGGCCAGUGAGGAGCCCAGGGCCCCUGGGGCUGACAAGAACCACUUCCUGAGACCCAGAGUGCCUGGAGAGGACACCAAGAAGGCACAAAGAGACCGAGCGGCUUGGGUGGCUUCCGAGGAGGCAGUAGAGGCAGCCCACUUUAGGGGUACCAGUGCAGCAAAGGGAUCAGCAUGUCUUCAUGUAAAUAUUAGAGACACAGUUGCCCAGCUGGAAACUGCAGAACUAGUGCAUUUCCCCCAAAGCAGAGCGUAA